GGCAUUCGAGCUUCCAUCAAAGUUAACCCAAAAUUAUCAAGGAACAUCAUAGUCAUCCAAAAUUUGAGACUAAGCCACCAGUGCGAGGUACCGCGGCGCCUGUAAUGGAGACGGGCUGUUGAGCUCGGCGAUAUCUGUGCUGGUUGGCUCGAAUUCCAGGACGAUGCACUGAAGCGGGGUCCCGUAGUAGUGUGUAUGGGUUCAACACAGGGGAAGGGGGUAGUGACCGGUGAGACGCACUCCGAUUGCCCAGUGAGUGCAUCUGACGGUUUUCUUUUCCAACACGAGCAGGGAUCCUAUAGAUCGUCCGUCAGCUGUGCCCAGCGCCAGAGCAUGCCUGAAACCAAGUUGUGGACCAGUGCAUCCGAAGUCCUCAUCGAUCAUUCACCAGAACGUGUCUGCCAUAAUGGGACUCACCGCUUAGGUCUCGUGGCUGGGUCAAUCAGCCAACACUCCGUUGAUUACGAAUCUUUGCGAUCCGAGCCAUCAUCUAUGGACCGAACACUCAACUGACAGCCACCCAAUUUAUCAAUCCUCCAAUUCUU